AAAACGUCAUUUCCGGUGAUGUAGGGAGAGUAAAACAUGCUGGCUGAAUGAGCUCACGUGUGUUUUUAUUUUUUAACAUUCAAGGUUAUAGUCUACCGAGCCAUUCUGUAUGUAACAUAUUUCAUACUUGAGUUUUUAUACUAUCUACAACAAUGCAGAGAGUGUUGCAUGUUUCGUUAAGGCAAUUUGCUACUGUAAGUUGCUCGCGUUGCAUGUCUGUUUCUCCUGUACAGCUGCGGUGUGGAAUCAAAGAAGAUGAGUCGUUUAAAUUGCUUAUUUCCAACUUUACUGCGUUCAGAAGGAAAACGCGAGCCCCCACAGCAUCGCUUAGCGCACGGAUAUCGGUGUUCAGAUCGUACAACACUGAGCGAAAUGCGGAGGUAACAACACGGGAGCUUAGGAAGGAAAGCACAUCAGGCCGCUACGCUUCGGUGGAGCCAGAGACAGAAGAACAGUUUGUUUUCCUCGACUACACAAAACCAGACGAUUCCGUUGAAAACCUGGUUCUAAACCAAAACCUGAUUGAGCCUGAUAAUGUCACGAGGACCAAAGAGGAGAUUCAGACGAAGACGAGUGAUCCCCGGGUAUUGGAAUUACAACUGAAGUCUUUAAAAGACGCGAUGGCAGCAGAGGUCGACCCACAUUCGUGCAUUGAGUUUCACGACACCGGCUUCCCAGAAAUUAGGCCAAGGACGAGGAAUAAGAAACCCAAAAAGGGUCAAAAAGUCUAUGGCAGUCCGGACCCCGAUGUUCCUGUCAGUGAUUCGUGCUGCACCGGCUGUGGUGCCGUGAUGCACUGCACUGUUCCAGAUUUGCCCGGCUAUUUACCAAGUGAGAAAUACAGGCAAUUAACAGAAGAGAACAGGCUGCAUAAUGCGAUAUGCCAGCGUUGCCACUUGCUCACACACCAUCAAAAGGCGCUCAACGUCCAGAUGUCUAAAGAGGAGUACAGGCAUAUAGUCAGCAGGAUACGAAAGGAGAAAGCGUUGGUGUUAUUGAUCUUGGACCUCCUGGACAUCCCGGACUCCAUCAUCCCCAACUUGUUGGAUCUGAUUGGGGAAAAUAAGCACAUCGUGGUGCUGGGAAACAAAAUUGACUUGUUGCCCGGAGACUCUGAUAAUUAUUUAAAACGGAUCAAGGGCCAAAUUCUACAGUAUUGCACUGAUAUGGGUAUUCUUGUUGAUAACAACAUCAAAGGCAUUCACCUCAUAAGCGCCAAAACGGGUUAUGGGAUUGAAAAUCUCAUUUCGAGUCUCCAGAGCUCCUGGAAAUACAAAGGGGAUGUAUACCUGGUGGGAACUACGAACGCUGGGAAAUCGACGCUUUUUAACACUUUGCUGGAGUCGGACUACUGCAAAUCCAAAGCCUCAGAAGUCAUCCGCAAAGCUACUAUUUCUCCGUGGCCAGGUACAACGCUGAACCUAUUGAAGUUCCCCAUCAUAAAUCCUACUCCAUACCGCAUAUUCAAGAGGUCGGAGAGGCUGAAGAGUGACUCGGCUCAGACAGAGGCAGACCUGAACCGGCAGGAGCUGCGGACACUGCAGCAGCUGAGCAGGCAGGGAUACUUAGUGGGUCGCGUCGGGAGAACGUUCCGGACCAAUGCGUCGGUGCAGAGAGACCACGGCGAGGUGGAGUUUGACUCCGAGAGCCUCAGCAUUGGAGAGGAAGACGAGGAGGGAGGAAGAGGUCUCAGCGAGGCUCCUGUCCCGGUGGAGUUCACUCACAACGAGCUGAAGCAUGCUCACUGGCUAUAUGACACACCGGGCAUCAUGAAAGACCAGGACGUCCUCAGUCUGCUGACUGAAAAGGAGCUGAAGAUGGUGGUGCCCACUCACGCCAUCGUACCCCGGACUUUUGUGCUGAAACCUGGGACGGUGAUGUUUCUGGGGGCUCUGGCACGAAUCGACUACCUGGAGGGGGAGAAGUCCUGCUGGUUCUCAGUCAUCGCGUCCAAUCUGCUCCCAAUUCACAUUACCAGUCUGGAUAAAGCUGAUGUCAUCUACCAGAAGCAUGCUGGAAAUACUCUGCUUGGGGUACCCACAGGAGGAGAGGAGCGAAUGAGGGAGUUCCCACCGCUGGUUCCUCAGGAUUUGGAGCUUAAAGGCCAGGGGCUCCCACAGGCUACUGCUGACAUCAAGCUCUCUUCUGCGGGUUGGGUGGCAGUGACGGGUCACCAUGGAGACCGGCUCCUGCUCAGGGCGCACGUUCCCGAGGGGGUGGGAAUCCGUGUGCGGGACCCCCCGCUGCUCCCGUACGUUGUCAACCUGAAGGGGGAGCGUUUGGGGAAGAGUGCCGCCUACAAGACCAAAAAGCCUCAGGGUCUGCUGGACCGUAGCCUGUCUGAGAAAGGGGCGGAGAGACUUAAGGUGAAGAAGAAGAAGAAGUGACCGCCUGUUCCACACGAUAUUUGCUUUUUUAUUGUUUCUUUUUCCCCAAGAAAUAAAGAAAAAAUGUAUAUUGUUACAGUUAUACAACCUAAUUGGGGGGAGGUGGAGGGGAGAUUCAUCAGAAAUAUUUGCCGUAAUGAAAGACAAAAGCAAUAUUUCUAUCAAUUUACAGUGAGCUCCAUGAUGUUUGGGACAAAUAAUUUUUUCCUUGAUUUGGGUCUGUACUCCACAAUUUUAGAUUUUGUAAUCAAACAAUUCACAUGUGGUUAAAGUGCACAUUCUCAGCUUUUAUUAACAGGUAUUUUUAUACAUAUUUGUUUCACCAUGUAGAAAUUACAGCACUUUUUAUAUAUCGCCCUCCAUUUUAGGGUACCAUAGUGUUUGGGACAGAUUGCUUCGCAGGUGUUUCUGAUAAGUGAGGUGUGUUCAAUUGCUUCCUUAGUACAGAUAUAAGAGAGCUUCCAGCAUCUAGUCCUGGUUCUAGGCUUUUGAUUGCCUUUGGAGUUGGCAUUUGUCGACAUGAGGACCAGAAUUGUGCCGUUGAAAGUCAAGAAACCUUUGAGUCUGAGAAAUAAAAAAAUAGAAAACAGACAUCAGCCAAACCUUAGACUUAUCAAAAUCAACUAUUUGGAACAUCCUUAAGAAAAAGAGCAGUAGUAAGCUCAGUAAACACAAUGGGCCUGGUAGACCAAGAAAGACCUCUACUGUUGAUGACCAAACAUUCACUAUAAUGAAGAAAAACCCCCAAACACCUGUCUGACAGAUCAGAAACAAUCUUCAGGUGGCUGGCAUGGAUGUGUCUGAGUACUGUCUGCACAGUACUUCACGAACAGACCUGCAGACGCUACGCUGCAAGCUGCAAACUAGCAGUUAGCUGCAAAACUGGGACGAACGGGUUACCGUUUGCUGUGAAGUACAAAAAAGAGCCUGCAGAGUUCUAUAAAAAGGUUUUGUGUACAGAUGAGACCAAGAUUCACUUGUAACAUAGUGAUGACAAUGGUGGUGGCAUCUUAUCUGCUCAAGUUCAAGCUACUGCCUCCAAACUCACUGGACGUCGCUUUAUCGGAACAGCAAGACAAUGAUCCCAAGCAUUCUGCUAAAGCAACAAAUUAGUUUUUCGAAGCCAAAAACGGGAAAAUUCCUGACUGGCCAAGUCAUUUACCCAAUCUGAAUAUGCAUUACAUAUGCUGAAGAGAAAAUUUUAGGUAACUUGCUCCUGAAACAAGCAGUGGUUGAAGAUGGCUGCAGUACAGGUUUGGCAGAGCAUCACCAGACAUGAUACUCAGCACCUGGUGAUGUCUGUGCCACAGAUUUAAAGCAGUCAUUGCAUGCAGAGAAUAUGUGACACAGAAUAUGCAAAGUACUAAACAUGACUAAUUUACAUACAUGUAAUAUCAAUAUGUCCCAGACAUUAUGGUGCCCUGAAAUGGGGAGCUAUGUAUUAAAAGUGCUGUAAUUUCUACAUGGUGAAACUGAAUUGUGCAAGAAUUUAACAGUCUGUCUUUUCUCCUGUGGAAAAUUACAAAGAUGACCUAUUUCGAGUGUACAUCUUGUGUAUAUCUUGAUGUUUAGUUCCUUAUCGUGGUUUCAGGGGUACCCGACAUAUAGUCCAGGCAUGUUGCCAAAUAUGUAGUAUCCCAUGAGCCAAAUCAAUAAAAAAUUAAAAUGUAAACCUUAGUCCCAAUCGGAGCUCACUGUAUAUACCAUGUUUUGUGUAAUACUUAAUGAGUAUCAAAAAAGAUACUCAUCGACAUUAACAUUUCCAGUUCCUAGGGAAAUUGGUUCACUUAUGUCCUGUCAAAUAGAAAUAAUAAUAAUAAUAAUAAGAAGAAUAAUAAUAAAUGGUUAAUUUAUAUAAUGAUUUAAUAAUCAAUAUAAUUUGUAUUUAUUUACCAUGUUUUAAGCCUUUCCAAGGGUCUACACUGAAAUUGUCUAGGAGCCCAGAUGGUCAGAUGUCGAGCCCUUUUAAGUGUCUCUAGCCUGACCCCCUGGGAGCAGUACUGUAGCAGGGACAGGCAUGCCAGGGUACCUUUCACAAUGAAGGGAAGGAGCCCUUUAAAACUGACUGAAUUAUGCCAUAGUUUCUGACAGGAAGUGUUGUAUGUCUUAGCCAGGCUCAGAAUGUACACACACAUGUAUGGGUUUUUUCAGGGACACAAUCAUGCAUUAUACAUGGAUAUUGCCUACUUGGUUUCACUCAUGUAAUAAUUUGUCAUCAUCCUUUGACAGAAUGCAUAGAAGCCUUCUCAGCGCCCAUUUGUAUCGCAAUUACCUGGUGAUCUCUUGGCAUACUUACCUAUCUAAUCUAAAUGAAAUCCACUAAAAUAUGUUGACUCAAGCUUGCAAUAUGUCUUUUUGCUUAUUGUUAAUACUUUAAUACUCCUGUGCACUUUAACAGUUUUCGUAGUUCUGUUUAAAGUGGAUUUGCGGAUCAGUAAUAUUGCCUUGGAUACUGUUUGAUCGUAUCAAAUUCUUAUGGUUGAGGGUACUCUGUAAAUUGUAAAAUUGUUUACAUUGGCAUGGUGUGACAUUACUGUCAGAGGAAAGAAUCAACAAUACAAUUAACCUGAACUUUUAUUGAUACAUACAUGAAGACAGUAAAACUACUUUCUAUCCCUUUCCUUCUUGAAUUGCGCAUAAUACUUGUAUUGAGCAAAUUAUUUUUAUAUAUUUUUAUUGUAAUAUAUUAAUGUCUGCUCAUCAAUAAAAGAUCAGCCUCUUUCUUCAACA